GACAGUCCGUCGGAGCUAAAAGCUUGGAGGAGAACAUGAUUUCAGUCCACGGAUCCUUUGUUUUGGUCAUCGUUAUGAGCAUUCUGGAUUCAGAUGCGAUCACGAUUGAUGAACCUGGCUAUAUUGUAGUUGAUACAAGUCGCUGCCCACUGGAUGUGGACUACCCCAGGUGCGGGAUCGAUCCUGUGAGCGGGGAAUCAGAGUGCUGGACAAACAGAGAUUGCAAGAGAAGGCAGAAAUGCUGUUUCUCUGGAUGUAGAAAACGGUGCCUUGUUCCGUUGAAAGCUAAAACCGGUUCCUGUCCUCCCUUUAAUCUCUCACUGUGCAGCCAUGAGAAUUAUUUGCCCCAUGAGUGUAAAGACGAUGAGCAGUGCCAGGGGUCAAGCAAAUGCUGCAAGAGAUGCAGAUAUGAGUGUACCACAAUGAUGGCUCUUAGGUACUUUCCAGUGACAUCAUAAUUCAAUGAUUGCCAGGAAGCCGUGGUUAAUUCACGGACGUUUCACAUACUUUUUUACUUUUUUUUCUCUAGUGUAUUCUUUUGUAUUCUUAGAUUUUGAGGCUGUUAUUUUCAUGAUAUGUUAGUUACUUCUGAAUCUGAUUGGGAACUUGCUGUAUAAAUGAAGGAAUGGCCCCCUGGUCAGUAUAUUGUGGAGCUAUAGAAUCUACAAAAAAUAUUCUAUCAAUAAAAGUUUAUAUUGUUUUAAA